UUUGGCCAGUCGCGUUCCCAAUCACUCUACGACUAGGUAGUCCUCCCUGGUGUCCGAAAAGGCUCCUGGUGACUUCUGCCUGGUACCUCGCACCAGGUACUAUUCUAACAUCGUCCCCCUAACAAGUGAUCAAUCAAAUCUAAUUCACCGCCGCUUUGACCAUUAAUAAGCCCCGAUAUUUGUGUGAUUUUUUUUCAAACUCGGCUGAUCAUUUGCAUCAUACCAUCAAAUAAUUGUAUCAACAUUUGUCGAGUUUUAGUCUCUUUGAAAAUUUGGUGUGUGACGGCUGGUGUUGUAGUCCCUAGAGUCAGUGGGUGAACAUUACCAGGACAAGAUAAUAAAUUCUCAAUUGUCAAUAAAUAAAUAGAGAUUGACACGAUUGCUCCUCGUUUAUUAUUCAUUUUUAUUUCAUUAUAUUUCUUUUUCGAUAAUUCGUGCCAAGUGUUUCUGAGGUGCUUCCCGAUUGAUAUUUAAGGAUAUUCGAUCUGCUGGCACGUGAAACUCUCAUUGCCAUGGACGCAGAAGGCACGAGUGUUAAAAAUAAUUUUAUAACGAUAAUAUAGAUGUAAAUAACCAAAAAAAGGGAAAAAACAAGUGAUUCGAAAAAUUCAUCAGUGAAGAAGGAAGAGAUAAGAGUCAUACGUUGGUCAUUUAAUCGUCCAAGUAUUAAUCAGAGGGAACGAGCAAGGACAUCGUAGGAAGGCCCCCACGAGACAUCACUUUGCCCCUGGAUAUUUCAAGGUGAAUAGACAUAACGAUGGUAGAUACGCAACAUUUUUGUCUGCGAUGGAACAAUUACCAGAGCAGUAUAACGUCUGCAUUCGAAAAUCUACGUGACGAUGAAGACUUUGUGGACGUUACACUUGCCUGUGAUGGCAAGAGUCUCAAAGCACAUCGUGUUGUACUCUCUGCCUGCAGUCCAUACUUCCGUGAGUUGCUCAAGAGCACACCGUGCAAACAUCCGGUGAUAGUACUUCAGGAUGUUGCAUUCAGUGAUUUGCAUGCCUUGGUGGAGUUUAUUUACCACGGGGAAGUUAACGUCCAUCAGAGAUCACUCAGCAGCUUCCUGAAGACGGCGGAGGUCCUGAGGGUGUCUGGUCUCACACAGCAGGCUGACGCCACCGAGAGGGACGAGCUAUCGCAGGUGCGGGCGUUAGCUGCACGUACAAAUCACGUAUCGCCCCAUGAAAAGUUGUCAGACGAGGGUUUUCCACGUGGUGGUUCACCACCAACACCGGCAACACCAACUCCAACGACAGUACAACAAUUAUUACGUCGUGCACAAAUACGUAGAAAUGAAAGGCGUUCACCAGAUUUGCACGAUGAGAGUAUAAAGAGAUCGCGUUUACCAUCGCCACCCUUGAAUAAUAAUGAUGCAACACCCACGGAUUUUUCGAUGGUGAAGAAUCAUUUUUCGUCGAAGGUCGAGGGUAAUGGUCUGCCGGAUGAGAAUAGUCGGAUUGAGGAGAAUAUUAAGUGUGAACCGUUGGAAUUGACUGGGGGUAAUGGUGGAACUGGUGGACACAAUGAGGACUCAUCGGACUCUGGUGCAGCGGCUUCUGAUAGGCCACCAGCAUCAGCGAGUAGUAAUGAACACGAGCAUGAACCUCCGGAGCAUCCGUCUACACCCAAUUUUUUACCCGAGAGCAAGUUGUUCACUUCUACGCCGGGAAGCUUUAAUUUCAGUAUGGCAGCACUAACUACAGAUCACAGUCCAUUAUCAGUGAAAUUUCCAGGGUUACCCCAUGGACUUCAGACGCCGGAUUUAGCAGGGACAUCACAAGGUACGGGCAAUGGGAUGCAUCCACCAACGACGCCUCCCGCUGCCGUGUACCGGAUGCCACCGCCAACUGCGGGCGGUAUAAAUGAACCACAGGAGUGUCCCUACUGUCGUCGUACAUUCUCCUGUUAUUAUUCAUUGAAACGUCACUUUCAGGAUAAACACGAGCAGUCCGAUACAUUAUACGUGUGUGAAUUUUGUAAUCGUCGCUAUCGUACUAAAAAUUCACUAACAACGCACAAGAGUCUUCAGCAUCGUGGCUCAAGUGGUAUGCUUAAGAGACUACUCAAAACAUCAGCUAUAAAAAAUGUAUUAGCACACCAUACGCAGAUACAGCAUCAGCCACAAUGAAAAUUGUGGAGUUAUGCGCACAAUGGCUAUCCCCAUGUGUAUUAUCGUAAUUAUAAUAAUGAUCAUUGUCUUUAGAGGGAUGGAAACGAAUUAUGUUGAUGGAAUCGUAGGUUUUAAUUACCACUUCUGCUCUGUCGUUUUAAUAAACAAUGGGAAUUGUUGGGUUUUUUAUUUUAUACGGCAUUGGGAAGUGUGUGGAUCGGAUGAGUUGGAAUGUUGUUUAAUUCGACAGGAAUUCACGUACGAAUAUAUUUCAAUGCUCCAGUUAUUAGCGUCAAAUUGCCCGCUGAAAAUUCGAUUUUAAUCUUAAUUAUUGUUUUUUAAUUUUUAAUUUCUUAUUCGUCAAGACUGCACUUAAUCCAAAGAAUAAAACAAUGGACGAAUUGACUGAAAAAUUUUAUCGAAAAAAACAAGGAAAAAUGUGAAAUUCGAAGAGCUUAACCAAAAUGCCAAUUCGAUCGGAUACAUUCCAUUGAGAUUAUUGAAUUUUGUUUUGUUUUCUGUUAAAUUAAUUUUUUUGUCAAAAAGUUUCCACCGAUCGGGUGAAAUCGGAGUAGUGAAAUUAUUAUCGACUGAUUGGCCAUUGGAAAUUAAAUAAUUCUUAUGAUUUAGAGGAGAGCAUUAAUGUGCAUGCGAUGAGAAAUUCGGACGCGUGGGUAGUGAAAAAAUUUUCACGGCGUAGACAGAAAAGUCAGUGAAGUGCUGAAGCACUCGAUGGAUGCAACUCAAUUCAAUGAGAGAAUUUUUCAAUUAAAAAAAAAACUGUAAACGUAAUUUUGUCGCCGUACUAUUUGUGUCUAUAGAUGUACAAUAAUAGCAGAACGUGCGACAAAUUAUAGAAAAAAAAAAAUACAAUGAUGAAAUCCUUAAGGAGUGCACAUAUGUUAAUAAUGAUUAAGUCAAGAGAAUUUGUUUCUUUCUUUUCGGGGGGUAAUACAAUUAAUGUCUUAGGCCUAAGUAAAAUUCAAUUACGAAAUCUGAUGUGCUCAAAUUCCAUAAAGGAGAGAAGUCUUUAGAGGGAGGAGAAAUAAUUGAGUGGACAGCAGGUAGAGAGAAAAAUGGAUAUAGAAAAGAAAAGGUAAAUGAGAUAAAAAAAAAUAGUGUGAAUUCUACGGGCUUUGAAACUUGUAUAGGUCCAUCACGCGCGCAAAUUAACAGACUAUAUUUUUAACUCUUUAAAAGUAAUAUUUUGAACUGUGUACAUAAACAUAUAAAUUAUAUAUUAUAUUCGUACUGGUAAUGAUUAAUAAUAUUUCCAUGUUCAGAUUUUGUAAACGAUGAUUAGACAAAAUGAUGAGAAUUACAUAGCACUACACUGCAGACAGUUUCGUGUACGACAUCAGGACAGAUUAUAGUGAUCGGGGAAUAUAUCAGAAUGAAUAUGAUUAUGUCAUAUUGCAAUGCAUAUCAUCUCUUCUUGUAGCCGAAUAUAUAUAUAUUUUUUUUUGGUCUUUUGUUGAAAUGGAAUUUGUUUAUUUCAGGGUGUGUCCUGGUGUCGUUACAAUUAUUUGGCAAGCAGAACAGUGGAAACUGUCGGGUCUUCUCCAUUUUUUCGGAAUAACUUUCCGUUGGAAAUUGUGCAAUAUCUGUCUGAGAUUGGAGGGAAAAAAUGGGAGUCUAUUUCGGUAGUGAAGUGCGAGAAUAAAUUCCACCUGCCAAAAUUCAUUCCGAAUAAUUUUUUCAUAGAUUUUUAUUUCACGCGUGCCUUCUGCUGUUCUGCUUACCCCUUGCACACAAAUUUCCGUACUAAAAACGUAAUAGUACAAGAAAAUUAAAUCACCCUAAAAGUUGUUCAUGAUCGCAACAAAUUCAGGUCUGAAACUCAGAGAUGAACGGAAAGAGAAAUUGAUGUUUUAUUCGAUUUGAGAAAAACAAAAAAAUACGCCAUUAUUCAUUAACGAGCAAGUACAAAUUAUUAAGAAAAAAAAAAGAGCAGCUACAUCUAUGUUAGAUCCCAUAGUGUUGAGCGAUGAAAAAUUGAAUUUAUCGAAUUUUUUCCUUUGAAUAUAAAUGGAAAACGAUUUUUUAACAUAUCCACCGAUUCACGAAGUAUACCAUUAAAAAAAUUAUACGAUUUAAUAAUAAGUCUCCUGAGAGAUGGAGUUGAUAGAAAAUUUGUGUCAAAAGAUGGUGAAUUUUCAUUUCGUUUUAAAUUUAUAUAAAUUUUAAGUAUUAAAUUGAAAAAUUUGUAAUGAGUGGUCCUUCAUAAUGUGGAGAGUAAAUGAAAAUUGUAACGGAUACCAAAAUUGAUUUUCGUACUUGGGGAAAAAUGGAAAAUUUGUCGGGAGAAUUUGGCUAGUCAUUAUUGCAACCUUCCACAAUAGCUGUGAUAAAGGAAGGGAAGGUGUAGAAAAGAUCGAUCAAUUAGUCCACAUUAUAAUUACACUCAUUACAAGACGAUCC